AAGUUGCAAUCCUGGCAUUAUUUAUUGUUAAAGGAAAUUUAUUAAAAUGACUUCUUUUGUUAUAAAUUGAACGAGAUUUUAGUUACCAUUUCACAUUGGUGGUUUAUUUAAGGUAAUAUUUCCAAUCUGAUAAUAUCCUAAUAUAACUAAUUAUUUCCGAAGUCAAGCCUGUCCGUCUGAAUGUCCGAUUGGCUCAUAAUUUUAUUGGCGCUCACCGGAGCACUACAGAAUUUUUCUUAACAACCUUAACCUUUUUUCCAAUGUAUGUUAUUAUGUCACUAUGCAUUGUAUCAUUGUCCUCGUUUAUAAUUUUCUUCUUGCAAGUAUCCAAAGCAGGCUUGGUCUCUGGGGUCACUAUCACAAUACAGUCUGUCUUCAAGGACUAUAUAUUUCUAUCAUGGAGGUUGUGUCAAUUGUAAAUGAAAUAUUUCGGUUGUAUGAGGACGCGGGGCAAUCACAGUAUCUUGGAGAAAAUGUUACAAAAACACAACACUCGAUACAAUGUGCCAUGUGUGCCGAGAAAGAUGGUGCUGUGCGGGAAGAAAUAGUGGCUGCAUUCCUUCAUGAUGUUGGUCACUUGUUGGGUAUAGAUGAAAACCUACCAGAAAUGGUGACUGAUGGGGAAAAUGUUGGGACAAAAGAUCAUGACGUCGUUGGAGGGAAAUAUCUUAUUGAUAAAGGGUUCCCAAAACUUGUUUGUGACAUCGUGGCAGGUCAUGUGCAAGCCAAAAGAUAUCUUGUUUAUAAAUAUAAAGAUUACUAUGAAAAACUGUCUGAUGCUAGUAAGAAGACACUGGUUCAUCAAGGUGGACCGAUGACAAAAGAAGAGGCCAUCAUGUUUGAACAGUCAGAAGCAUUUCAACCUAUCCUUAGAAUGAGAAAAUAUGACGAGCUGGCCAAAGACCCAACAGCAAAAAUGGAACCUUUGAAGAAAUAUCGGGAAAUGUGUAUAGAACUGUUAUUGCAAAAUAAGGUUUAAAAAUGAAACUUUGUGACAAUAAUCGUCGUAAAAGAAUUACAUGUACUAGUAUAUAAACUGUAGUAAUGACAUCGCAUUUUAACAAUGUAAA